CAAGCCCUGCCUGCCGCAGGCCUCGCACCCUCUGAAUCCCCCACCCCACUCGGCUGGGGCAGACACUGUGUGGCCCCGGAAGUGCCCUCUGCCCUCCCAACCACGUGACCGCGAUUUUCCUUGAACACAGCACUUUGUGACUUUGACACCAACUUCAAAUGCAGCUUCUUUCCUGUCUUCACCGCAGAGAAGUAGGUUGAGUGGCAGAGAAGUUGCUGGUGAGAGCCCCAGGGACGCCAGGCCUCCGCCCAGGCCCUGCUCCUGCUGGCCCCGUGUGGUCCCCGGGUGCCCAGGGCCCGGCGAGGCGCGGGGGCGCGCAGGCGGCGAUGCCGGACCCGGCGGCGCACCUGCCCUUCUUCUACGGCAGCAUCUCGCGCGCCGAAGCGGAGGAGCACCUGAAGCUGGCGGGCAUGGCCGACGGGCUCUUCCUGCUGCGCCAGUGCCUGCGCUCGCUGGGCGGCUACGUGCUGUCGCUGGUGCACGACCUGCGCUUCCACCACUUCGCCAUCGAGCGCCAGCUCAACGGCACCUACGCCAUCGCGGGCGGCAAGGCGCAUUGCGGCCCCGCCGAGCUCUGCGAGUUCUACUCGCGCGACCCCGACGGGCUGCCCUGCAACCUGCGCAAGCCUUGCAACCGGCCCGCGGGCCUCGAGCCGCAGCCCGGGGUCUUCGACGGCCUGCGCGACGCCAUGGUGCGCGACUACGUGCGCCAGACCUGGAAGCUGGAGGGCGAGGCCCUGGAGCAGGCCAUCAUUAGCCAGGCGCCGCAGGUGGAGAAGCUCAUUGCCACCACGGCCCACGAGCGGAUGCCCUGGUACCACAGCGACCUGACCCGCGAGGAGGCGGAGCGCAAACUCUACUCAGGCUCGCAGACCGACGGCAAGUUCCUGUUGAGGCCCCGGAAGGAGCAGGGCACGUACGCGCUGUCCCUCAUCUACGGGAAGACGGUGUACCACUACCUGAUCAGCCAGGACAAGGCCGGCAAGUACUGCAUCCCCGAGGGCACCAAGUUUGACACGCUGUGGCAGCUGGUGGAGUACCUGAAGCUGAAGUCCGACGGCCUCAUCUACUGCCUGAAGGAGGCCUGUCCCAACACCAGCGCCAGCUCGGCGGCAGGGGCCGCUGCACCCACUCUCCCAGCCCAUCCGUCCACCUUCACCCAGCCUCAGAGACGGGUGGACACUCUCAACUCAGAUGGAUACACCCCGGAGCCAGCGCGCCUGACGUCCUCAGACAAGCCGCGCAUGAUGCCCAUGGACACGAGCGUGUACGAGAGCCCCUACAGCGACCCCGAGGAGCUCAAGGACAAGAAGCUCUUCCUGAAGCGUGAGAACCUCCUGGUGGCCGACAUUGAACUUGGCUGUGGCAACUUCGGCUCAGUGCGCCAGGGCGUCUACCGCAUGCGCAAGAAGCAGAUCGACGUGGCCAUCAAGGUGCUGAAGCAGAGCACGGAGAAGGCGGACAAGGACGAGAUGAUGCGCGAGGCGCAGAUCAUGCACCAGCUGGACAACCCCUACAUCGUGCGGCUCAUCGGCGUGUGCCAGGCCGAGGCGCUCAUGCUGGUCAUGGAGAUGGCGGGCGGCGGGCCCCUGCACAAGUUCCUCGUCGGGAAGAAGGAGGAGGUCCCGGUCAGCAACGUGGCCGAGCUGCUGCACCAGGUGUCCAUGGGCAUGAAGUACCUGGAGGAGAAGAACUUCGUGCACCGCGACCUGGCGGCCCGCAACGUCCUGCUGGUCAACCGGCACUACGCCAAGAUCAGCGACUUCGGCCUUUCCAAGGCCCUGGGCGCGGACGACAGCUACUACACCGCCCGCUCGGCCGGGAAGUGGCCGCUCAAGUGGUACGCGCCCGAGUGCAUCAACUUCCGCAAGUUCUCCAGCCGCAGCGACGUCUGGAGCUACGGCGUCACCAUGUGGGAGGCCUUCUCCUACGGCCAGAAGCCCUACAAGAAGAUGAAGGGCCCCGAGGUGCUGGAAUUCAUCAAGCAGGGCAAGCGGAUGGAGUGUCCCCCCGAGUGCCCGCCGGAAAUGUACGCGCUCAUGAGCGACUGCUGGAUCUACAACUGGGAGGAGCGGCCCAACUUCCAGAUGGUGGAGCAGCGCAUGCGUGCCUACUACUACAGCCUGGCCAGCAAGGCGGAGGAGCCCGGGCAGAGUGGACAAGGGGUGGAGGCCCCGUGCGCCUGAGCAGCCCAGCCCCCACCUGCCUCAGCCGUCCUAGGACCUGCAGGGUGCUGAGGCCAACUCAGGUCCUCUCCCCGCUCCCGCUGGGCUGUGGGAAGGGGCACGGGGCCUCAGACCCCCUCAAAUUCCCUACCUGGUUUGGGUUCUGCUGGGCUGGCUGUGGAUGUGCAGCCUGGUCCUGGGCCGAGGGGCGACCUGGCCAGGAGGAGCCCUCCCCGCGAAGGGCCUUCUGGCCUUCUGCAAUCACUGGAAUAAACUCCUCUUCCCUUUUGCUCCAGGACCUUCAUCUUUCCUGGGGGGCAGCCAGGAGCCUGGGGAGGUGGGCGGGUCAUUAGAAGGAGUGCCUCAAAGCCAAGCCUGGAAGGGACCCUGGGGAGAUGGGAUGGUUUUCUCACUCUGCCCUUAGAGCACUUCACAGAGGGCCGGGCGGGGGCAGAGUGGAGUGGAGCCAGGUGGGGUGGGGGCAGGCGGCAGGCGGCAGGCAGGCUCCCUGGCUGGGGACAUCAGGGUCACCUGGAGGGAUUUUAACAAACACCGAUCGCACCCCAACCACGGGAAAUGUGGGGGCCUCCAGGUCUCUCUGGGCACCAGCCCCUGCCCACGGCUCCCAACUCCGUCCCUGGGCCCAGCAGCCACAGUGGGGUCUUCCUCACCUGGUGCCCCAAAGCGCCAGCCCAGCCCUGCUCAAUCUUGCUCCCUCCGCAGUCUUUUCUGGAUUCGCCCUCCAGCUGCCCGGCCAGGGCCUCAUUUUCUGGGCCGGGGUGAUUGGUUCAGGGGAGAGCAGGUGCCCACUCAGAGCCAAUGAGAGACCGGGAGAUUUGCUGGGGAUUCUGGGGACACAAACUUUUCUUUUUAUUUGAGGCUGAGGUCAGUCCAUCUGGAUGGCCUGUGGCCAUUCUGAGGGACCACGGCGCUGGGGUUGGGCCACAGGUAGUGGGGUCUGAGCCCUGGUGGCUGGCCACAGAGAGGAGCCCCGGGGCCUUGGUGACAUGUGAGUAAGUUGUCAGACCAAGAAACUGACUCUGGGACAGUGCUGUUAACUCCGGUACAGACCUUAUUCUGAUCUCACCAUUUCCUGUUGAGUUUUAAUAAUUUAAGUGUAAGCUUAAACGAGCAUAUCUUAUUAUCUGUCCUUUAAUGAACUUUGUCAUGGAGGUUGAUUUCGACAAUCCCAGUAAUGUCACCAACGUCAGACACCUCUGACUCGGCUCUGCGUUGGUUUUGAGAGUAGGUUUGUCGUGUUGGGAAUGGUUUGAGGGUCUUCAGCUCCCUCCAGGCUGUAGAUGGAUUAGAUUCAAAACAGAUGAGAACACAGUCAUUAGAAACACACAGAACUUGAAUUUCUUUAAUUUUGUAUAACCACUUGGAAUAUUUUUUUUGUUUAAAAUUUAAAACAGCAGUGUCAUGAAAAUCAUGAGAAUGUUUUUCUCAAGUACAUAUAUUCAUACAUGAACUGUAUCAAUGAAUUUGAAUGCUAAAGUGAAAACAUUGUUUUUAAAUCGUUUAAAAAUUGAUGAAUAAAUCAGGAAAAUUACAUCUGGUGUAAUUCAGAGGCUUCCUAAAUUUUGCUAUUCACAGAUUAAUUCAGUUUAUUAAAAUUC